CCGCAGACACAUGAGAAAGUAGCCGCUAAGCAGAUGGUGAUGCACCUGCUUCGUCACUGUUUCUGUUAAUAAACGUGUCGGCGUCUUUGCGGGAUUUUUUCUUCUUGUGCUCACCGUAAUACCGCGCAGGUGUGAGCAGCAACCGGAGACUCGUUUGUUGCGGUGCCAUGAGCAAUAAUAAAAAACCGACAAAGUGUGAAUUAGCGUAGUUUUUACGUUUGAGCUAAUCUUUGUGGGAUUCACGCAUUCUAGUUGGCGGUUAUCGAUAGCUAACCCCGAUUUAGCGCGUCCCGUCCCCGCCGCCGGAGCAGCGAUGCCUCCCGGAGUGGUGACCGCCCCUCGCAGCUCGUCUGCCGGCUGCUUCUGCGCCUGCUGCGGGGUCAGGAUGAGACCCUAUUUCACCGAGAACUCCGUGGUCUCCCAGGGAGAAACCUAUCAGCUCAUCAGUGAAAGUUUCCUGACGGUCAAGGGAGCUGCUCUCUUCCUGCCCCGAGGAAAUGGCUCGUCUCCAACUUCAGCCUCUCGCUUCACACAGCUGCGGAGUAAACAUGCAGGAGACAUCCAGCAGCAUCUACAGACCAUGUUCACUCUCCUCAGACCAGAGGACAACAUCAAGCUGGCGGUUCGUUUGGAGAGCGCCAGCACUCAGGCCACACGCUACAUGGUGGUGGUCUCAACCAUUGGGCGCCAGGACACGGAGGAGAGCGUGGUUUUAGGCAUGGAUUUUAGUCCCAUAGAUAGCUCAUGUUCAGUUGGUAUGGUUUUGCCUUUAUGGAGUGACACCUUAAUACACCUGGAUGGAGAUGGGGGAUUCAGUGUAUCAACAGACAACAAAGUGCAUGUAUUCAAGCCUGUUUCUGUGCAAGCCAUGUGGUCGUCUUUGCAGUCGCUUCACAAGGCCUGCGAAGUGGCUCGUUGCCACAACUACUUCCCAGGCAGCUUGUUCCUCACCUGGGUCAGCUAUUAUCAGAGCAGGGUGUCCUCCGACCAGACCCGCAUCAACGAGUGGAACGCCAUGCAGGAUGUGCAGUCACACCGCGCCGACUCACCCGUCCUUUUCUCUGAUGUCCCCACAGAGAGAGAGCUCACAGAGCGACAAAUAAAAACCAGUUUGAGGGAGAUCAUGAUGCAGAAAGAUCUCGAGAAUGUCACCUGUAAAGAAAUCCGGACAGAGCUGGAAAUGCACAUGACAUGCAACCUGCGAGAGUUCAAGGAGUUCAUCGACAAAGAGAUGAUUGUUAUUCUGGGCCAGAUGGACAGUCCUACUGAGAUCUUUGACCACGUCUUCUUGGGAUCUGAGUGGAAUGCAUCUAAUUUGGAAGAGCUGCAGAAGAGUGGCGUUCAGUACAUCCUGAAUGUAACGAGGGAAAUUGAUAAUUUCUUCCCCGGUGUGUUUGAGUACCACAACAUCCGCGUCUAUGACGAGGAAGCCACCGACCUGCUUGCUUACUGGAACGACACCUAUAAGUUCAUAUCUAGAGCAAAGAAAUCUGGCUCAAAGUGCCUGGUCCACUGUAAAAUGGGAAUAAGCCGCUCUGCAGCCACGGUGAUUGCGUACGCCAUGAAGGAGUAUGGCUGGGAUUUGAAAAAUGCCUUCGAUUACGUAAAGGAGCGUCGGACUGUGACCAAACCAAACCCGUCCUUUAUGAGGCAGCUGGAGGAGUACCAGGGCAUACUGCUAGCUAGCAAGCAAAGGCACAACAAGUUAUGGCGUUCUCACUCUGAUAGCGAUCUUUCUGAACACCAUGAGCCCCUGUCCAAGUCCCUCGCCCAACCCAGCAGUCUGGGUCGCGCAGACCCCCAUAACCAGGCCAGCAGCAAUCUGGGCCCCUCUGUGAGAGAUCUGCUGGACUCACUGGGAACGUCGCAGAGCGCUGGAAAAACAACAUACUCCACGAGCCAGCCUGACACCGGCACCCAGUCCAGUCGGCUUGGCUCCUCUGCCUUUGAUGAUGCGCCGUCUUUAUCAGAUGGUGCUAAAGCUAAAAGCCUGGAGGAAUCCCUUCAGGCUGAUACAGCCGCCAGUAGGCAGCUCACCCACCCCCACCCCAACUCCACAGCUGGUUCUGUGUUAUCUCCGACCCUCUCCAAUGGUCUGUGUGACUCAGAGGAGCAGCCAUCGUCGCCCCCCCCCUCCCAGCCAAGGGCUGCUACAGUGGUCCCUAAACCGGAACGGACAGACAUGGUGACUGUUGCACAAAGCGUUUUGGUGGGCCAGCCUCACCCACCUCCCUCUGUUCACCACCUCCUCCCCUCUCCAGCCCAAUCAACCACGAAUGAAGCCACCAAACCGCAGGUUUCCUCCUCGACCCUCCUGGUGUUGGAACCUGAGCCACCAAACACACACCAGCCUGGACCCCACUGUUUAUCUGCACCAGUGCCUAUUAAAGAAACAAAUGAUCAUCAGAUAUGUGGCUCAGAUCUGCCCUCCUCCAAUGACAUCAGCAGCUCACCCACCGCGGUUCCGCAGGACAAUGUACUGCUGUUCGGCCAUAGUGCAGAUCACAUAAACUUUUUUAGUGCCAGGGAAAAAUUCAAGGGAAUGAGUCACGAUGGCAAAACUCAGAGUGCUGCUGUGCAGCUGAAGAGCUGUGGCAAAGACCAUCUACCACAGGAGGAUGAAAACAGUGGGGGUCAGGAGGAGGAGAACAGAAAGGAAAUGCCAGUUCCUGCGCAGGUCGCAGGAGUGAACCCCACAGAGACCCUCACCCCACCCGAACCACAAAGCUCACACGACCAAGACGGGACGAGGUCGAAGCAGGAAAUGGAGAAUCUAGACGCUGUCCCUCAGAAGGAGGCCAAGAGUGUAAGAGAGGAAUCCAAACAGAAAGAGGACGAGGAGGCCGCCCCCCCUCGCCUCUACAACGACUGGACCAGGGGGUCUGUGCGGCAAGCUACGCUACAGCUAGAGCAGCGGAUGAAACAGGAACACGAGACGCCGUUAUCCUCGUCCGCUGGCAGCACCUGCGGCUCCCAGCGGCGUCCAAACAGCAUCCACUCCAUGACGACGUCAGUGCCACAGGGCACAUCAGUUUCCCCGCAGGUGUCUGUGGAGGGAGCACAGGAGGGAGAUGGCAUGUUUAGACUGGUUGGAAGGGGGAACACGUGGAGGGUUCUGGGAAAUGUUGAGAAAAGCACAAAGGGACUCAAACUCCAGCCUGCUGAUACCAGAUUCCUGUCUACCUCUUCUCCUUUCCAACACGCUGCACCAUCUCCCUUUGCGUCGGUGAACUUCCUGUGUUUGGAAGGUGUGACGGAGCUCGAGUCGUGCGUGGACUGGGACUGUUUCGCCAAGGGACUCCACGCUGACAUCACCUGGAGGGAGACGUGGGAGACCCUGUGCGAGCUGGGUGCCUUCCUUCAACAGGUCGGCUCAGCGGGAGCCUUCUUCGGCCAGAGCUCAGGAAGCGCUCGGAAGCAAGGCAACAGCUUGCAGAAAAGGGUCAGAGAGGUGGAAGCCAGAAUCCGGCAGGCGGGCCUGACCCCGCCGUCUCUGAUGAAGCGCUCGGCGUCGCUGGCCAAACUGGGCUGCCUGGAGCUCCUAGCCAACGAUCUGAAUGAGCUGGAGCGUAGCUGCUCCGCUGCAGCUCCGCCCUCUUCUCAAGCUCCUCUCCACGCCGCUGGUGAUGAAUCCAAAAAGCAGCGAGUGCACAGUUCUUCUCUAUCAAGCAGCAAACAUCCACAAGCUAAGAACGUUUGUACUUCUGGAGAAGGCUUUCUAUCGUCAAAAAAACUUCCAAACGCUGAUCAAGACUCUCUACAUUCUCCUGGGCUGACUCUUCUGACCAACAGGCAGCAGUAUGGGAAGACUCAUCCGCUGAGGCAGCUUCAGAAAAGAAUUGUUGGCACCCUGUACAACACCAUGUGACCCUCACUGUGUGUGUAUGCGUGUGUGUGUGUUUGUGUGCGUUCACCUCUUAAGUGGAAAUCAAGUGCACAUGUUGGAUUUAUUCAGCAAACCGAAGCCUCUUGCCUUAAAGGAUAGUUUUUAGUUGUCUUUUUUUGUACAUUUUUUCCCUACAGAUCCACCAAGAGCCUCUGUGACAUCAGCGACACCAUCAGUUAAACAAUAAGAACCGUCGUCUGAUCCGAAGCAUAAUCAAAACCCAAACUUGUUCCUGAGCCUGUACAUACUCCCUGUGCCCGUCAUUGCUGGUUUUCUUGAUCGUUCUCGUAUAUCGCAGGAAGGUGGAAUGUUGCCUCUGUUGUUUCUGCCUCUUGCUAAUGUUUCUCAAAACAUAUUUUCUGGAGAGUUUUAUUCAUUUUGUGCCAAUAUUUUUGCGCAACUGUCAAAAUCAGGCAGAAAUCAUAACCGCCAACCGUCUCUUGAAUGCAGAUUAGAAAUCUGUUCCCAACACUUCUUAAUCAGGAAGUAGAAACCCAAAUUUUGGAUUUUUAAAUGGAAAGAGUGGAAGAAUGUGUUUUUUUAUUUUUCGUACCACAAUAUCAAUACCUCAACCAAAUCUGACCUGCGCAGUCGUCAGGCUCUGGUUUUCUAGAAUGUCCUCCUCAGUCUGAAACAAUUUGAACUACACUUGAUAAACUGGAAAAAAAAAACUGGUAUCUUUCGUUGUUCUCUCAGCUCUGAAGCCACUCAGAACUGAUUCCUCAUGUGUUUAGCUGUGAGGGAGGAAGGGUAGUUUUGGGGGCUUGGAGCAUAAUGGCAGAGUGUAUAUUUAUGAGUUUUCUGCUGUGAUCUCUUUUGGAUGUAAGUCUAUAUUCUGAGUGUUUAGAACCUACGUGUGUGUUUUUUUUUAAAAUAAACAUCUGCAAUGUGUCGGUGACUGAGUUAGGUUUAUUUUGAAUGGAUCUCUUUAGUACAGCUUUUAGGAGUGUGCCUGUGACUGGCAAGUGAAGCUUCUCUGCAAUCAGAAAUAUCUGUACAGGGACGUCUGUCAUACAUGCACUUUACUCCCUUUUUUACUUUUGAUUGUGACUUUAUUUUUACGUAGGUUUGCUACUUUUGGGGGAGCAUGCUUAGGCGGUAGUAGGUGUCAGGUAUGUGUGUGUGCGCCUUUGUGUGUGUAUCUAAUGUCAACCACAUUUUGGAUUUUAUUUUAAUUUGUUGAUGUAAAUAUUUUAUAUUGUGCUUCAAAUGUGAUCAUAAAAAUGAAGAUUAUUAAAAGUCAUGUUUUCUCUGA